GGAGACGCUGAAGAAAUGGGGCAUGAAGCUUGUUCAAAGGACCGAGCGCGAGACUUACUAUUCCCAUCAAAUGGAUGUUACGAGUCGCCUAAAACGUUUGGCUCCUCUCUACAAGCCCCCCGUGGCGCCGGAUGGAGCAGACGAGCAUACAGGCACUGCUGACGACCGUGACACGUCCGCGAAACUUGAGCCUCCUGACCUCUGGGAUCCCGAGAAGCAAUGGUUAGAGAAGGCGGAAGACAACGAGAUGGCAUGUGCGUCAGAGGUGAAGUCGCGAGCCGUCAGGUGGCAUCGUAAUCUCGACAACCUCCGCAUCUUGUACCGCGCCGGCGUUUUGGGAAACUUUGCCGUAUGCGAUGCUUUCGCGUAUCUCCGGGUCCCUGUCCGCGCACCCGUGAAAUUGCUGGGGCAAUUUGCGCUUGCCAGUCUGUCGCCUAUCCCUCAAACUAAGGCAGCGGCGAGCGGUACGAAACCUACAAGGAACCCGGCUAAUCUCUUCGCGUUGAUAGAGUCAACGCAUUAUACUCCCGACAUCACGUCUCUCAAAGAUAAAGCCGAUGAACACUCCGCUUCCGGCCAUCCCGCGAACUUGUUGAGCCUCCCGUUGCUUAUUGCGGAGUGGAAGAAAGAGAGCGUUAGCGGCGAGCAGGCGGCAAACCAGCACUAUAUCAACCAUGUCGCUGGGGUGAGAUUCUUGCAAGCCUGCGGUAUCACGGACAUACCGCUCUUUGGGCUGCGAUCGAGCGGGCCUGUGCUCCUCCUCGACUACGCGUACGCUUCUCCGCCUGAGAGAAGCGAGGAUGACCCCUUUGUCAUCAUCUGCGACCGCAACGCGUUCAAGUUCGACCUUGAGAACUCCAUGGGCAUCUGGCGGUUCGCUUCUACCAUCUUCUCUAUUAACCGCCUCCACGUACCAAAACUACUGGAGAAAUGGAAAGCCGCGGCUGAUGUGCUCUACAACAAGAUGCCCACGCUAAACACUGCCCCGAGCGAUUGCACGGUUACCAUCACAUCAAACCGGGCGCACCCAAGGAACUGCGCGAGCUUCCACAGUGGACGAUAACACCAGGCAAACAAAAGAUGCAGAUCAUUGCCGAGCUCGAAAAGCUGAAGCCGCAGUAUGCCAAAGAUACAAGUGAACUAGGUAUGAAGAAGCAGAAGACGUUGAUAUGGGUAGAGGAGAUAUUGAGAAAGAAGGCUGACGCAGCUGUAACACCCGAGGAUGAAGCCAAGGCCGAAGAACAACUCGAAGCUGAGGCUGAAACUGAAGCUGAGGCCGAAGCUGAAUUAUACGCAGAUGUGUAAAUUAUUUCAGACCUCUUCCAAUCAUAAGUAAAGCAGCCU